AUGGCAUCGAAACAGGAGGAAAUAUUCAACUGUGUGUUGGCUGGGGACUUAAAAAAUCUUCAGCAACAUUUAGAAAAUGAGAAUGGGGGCGAAGAAGCGAAGGAAGGAGUUAAAUUCGAGUUUACAGACGAGAUGGGGAGGAACGCCCUGUUUGCGGCAUGUUCGUUGGGGAGGAGCGCCAUCGUCCGCGAGCUUGUAAAACACGGAGCCCGGCUCAACAAAUGUACAGCAAGGGGUUAUUCCCCAUUGCACUGUGCUACCUGUUGGGGCCACCUGGAGACUGUGAAGACUUUGCUUGAUCUUGGAGCCAAUCCACAGGCCAAGAACUUCAGAGGGGAGCGACCUGUAGAUGUAGCCAAGAGAUAUUCACACACAGACUGUGCUGACUGUCUUGAUCUGGCAGAAGCUAAACAGGACUUUCUGUCAUACAUAAGUUAUGUAACAGACACCAUCUUUGACCGAGAAAAUACCCAGGGGAUCCAGGUCAAAUUCAACAAAGAAGAAAAGAACAAGUGCAUGAAUGCAUGCUCCACCAUGUCAGAUUGGAUUCAGAAUGUCAAAAAUCCUACACUCUCAGACUACACAGCCCAAAGGAAACACAUGGAGGACACCCUUCAACCUAUUCUCUCUAAGCUCUCAGCACAGUCAGCUCAAGCUCCUGCCAAAUAA